UGCCGCCUCCUCCUCCUCUGGCUUGUCUUACAAGAAUUCGAAGUCCUCGGCGAUUAUAAUCUGCAGGGAGACGCGACAUCGCCGACGGCUGCAGAAAUCCACCUCCGGUGAAGGAGGAACUCUUCGCAUCUUUUUCUAUCCUCACCGGGCUUCGGUUGUUCCGUUCGAUCCCGUCCUUUUGGGAAGAGGGAGAAAGGGGAAUCCCCCGCAGGAGCGCCCCUCGAUCCGAUUGAUCCAAUCCGAUUGACAUGGAUUUCCAACUGCGAGCGGCGCAGGAGAAGCUGGAAAGGGAGCAGAGGGAGCGGAAGGCGAGAGCCAAAUCCAAGAUGGAGCGGGAGAAUCGGGCCAAGGCCGAGGCCGCCCGCCACCGCGAAGCCAUCGAGGCCGCCCAGCGUGCCAAGCGCCUCGACGCCGCUCGCGCCCAACUCGAGGCCGAGCGGCAAAUGCAAGAAAACAUGCUUCUAGGGAACGGUAUCGUAUUUUCACGAACUCUUGAAGCUCUAUCUUUCGAUGGCUUCGGAGACAAAAUCAAGUUGCCACCUUCAUGCUUUCAAGAAUUGUCUGAUCAAGGAGCUCUGGAUAAAGGCCCCAUGCACUUUAGGCUGUCGAUAGUCGAUGAGUCAUUUCGAGUAACUCAUUCAGGAGUUCUUGAGUUCACUGCAAGAGAAGGCUCAGUUGAAUUGCCUCCUCUCCUAUGGAACAAUUUGCUUGCCAGUGUCAGUCUAGAUGUUCCUCUCGUCGAGGUGCAUUAUGUUAGUUUACCGAAAGGAACAUAUGCAAAAUUGCAACCAGAAGGGAUGGGUUUUUCUGAUGUUCCAAACCAUAAGGCUGUGCUUGAAACGACGCUGCGUCGGCAUGCUACUCUUUCCGAAGGCGACAUUGUUGCUGUGAAUUAUGGAGAAGUAAACUACAGGCUGAAGGUUCUCGAGCUAAAGCCUGCUUCGACUGUCUCCGUUCUCGAAACCGAUAUUGAGGUCGACGUAGAAGGACCCGACUCGGCUACUGAGAGUAUCAAUAAGGAGCAUGCUCUUACACCGCUUGUCAUAGGACAGAUUGAAGGAGGAAUUGUCGAAGAAGGGGAAUUCAAUUAUUACAAGUUCUUCGUUGAGGAUGCUAUGAGUGACAAAAUUGCAUCCGGUGAGAUCAAUAUCGAAAUUAAGAUUGAUGCAGAUGUUGGCGAUGGAGAUACCAAUGUUUAUGUAUCAAGGCAUCCAAUGAUAUUUCCAACCCAGCAUCGUCAUGAAUGGUCAUCUCAUGAGUUGGGUUCAAAGGUUUUGAUAGUCAGGCCAAAGGAUCCGAGCCGACUAGUUGUCGGUACCUAUAGCAUUGGUGUAUUUGGCUUCAAAGGUGUCACAAGGUAUAAAAUCUCUGUGGCUUAUAAAGACGACAUUAAGCAAAGGGUUGGUGAAUGUGCUACUGUUCCAUUGGAAGUUGAUGUCGAAUCUGUAGAAUGCCGAAAUUGCAAACAUUAUAUAUCCAACCGCACCAUUUUGCUCCACGAGGCAUAUUGCAUUCGACACAAUGUUCUUUGUCAAUACAAUGGCUGUGGAGUAGUGCUUAAGAAGGAGGCGGCAGCAAACCAUGUACAUUGUGAUAAAUGUGGACAAGCCUUUCAACAAGGUCAGUUGGAGAAGCACAUGAGGGUGUUUCAUGAACCACUUGACUGCCCAUGCGGAGUGAUACUAGAGAAGGAACAAAUGGUCGAACACCAAUCUUUGAUGUGCCCGCUUCGUUUGAUAACUUGCCGCUUCUGUGGAGAUAUGGUGCAAGCCGGUAAUGCACCAGCCGAUGCUCGGGAUCGUCUCAGAGGGCUUUCCGAACACGAGAGCAUCUGCGGGUCUCGAACAAUUCCAUGCGACUCAUGCGGGCGUUCGAUCAUGCUGAAGGAAAUGGAUCUCCAUGUUGUUGCAGUGCAUCAGAAAAGCUAACUCCUGAGGACCAAUUCAUCUUCCGAUUCAAAACUUUCAUGUAUCUUUUGUUUUGUGUUAUUUAAAUGUAUGAACCAGAAAGAGAAUGAACAGCCACUAUGAAAAGGAUUGAUGAAUCAGUCUAGUUAUUUUACUAAACAGCUUAA